AUGACAACACCGGGCAUACCGUCGGCGACACUAUGCUACCGCCGUCGACGCCGCCUUACAACAAUCACGACAUCUCCGCGCGCCGCAGGAGCCGCUCCGUCGUCCCGUCAACAAGGCGGAGUGCUGACGCGAGGCCUCGCAGCACGUCUACGGCUGACCGCGAGCGCACUCGCGACUCCACCACCCUCAUCACGUCGGCCACCGCCGCGCCCAACGCAAGCUCUCCGUCGGGCUCCAUUUCAGCCCGCUCCAACUCGUGCUGCAGCACCCACGCGCCAUCCCGACUCCCCCGCAUCUGCGCGUGGUUCAUCACGCUCACCUCCUCGGGGACAUCCUCCAGAGCCGCAGCAGCAUUGUCGAUCAUCAGACCAACGAAGGCCACAAACGACCGCACGUGGCCCAGACGAACGAGCACAUGAGCCUCCACCUCAAGCAGGCGGUGAACGUCUGCACGCCGGCGGGGCAGCGCGCCCACCGCCAGGCGGGGAGCCACUCGAAUCCCAGAGUGCCGACGGGCAGCAGAUCGCCGAGCGGGAGAGGCAGGAGGGGAUUCAGCCUCCACCCCCGUCCCCACUGCAGCUCCCGCCGCCUGCAUUUGAGAGCCCAGAGGACCACCUGUCUGCGCUGCUUGAGGUGGCUGGUGAAGCGUGGGAGGAGGCGGAGGCAUUCCGUACAGGGGGAGCUCAACACGGCGACCAUCUGCAGCCUCCGCAAACGUUUGAUACACGGGGGGGCCACCCCCCGCAGGCACACACCACACCCCAGGCGGGAGACGCAGAGGAAGCGGUGCCACGGCGGGCUGUCCCGCCAAGGAUUGCGGAUCUGGGCGCGCGGACGAUGGAACUUGCUGAAAAGGGAGUUGUUGAUGAUGGAGCUGUUGAGGAAGGAGCUGCUGCGGGGGGAGCAUCGGAGUCGGGGCGGGAAGAGGAAGAGGAGGUACAACGGCUGGAGGAUGAGGCGCCAAGUCGAGUGGGGGAGGCAGCUGGCUCGCGGACGGCACGACGGGAGCAUCUGGACGCGAUAACGAGCGCACCCUCUCACCCAGCCCUCCGAGAGCGCGCUCCACGGCGGCGGUCACGGCCGCAGUCGCGGCUGCAGUCACCGCAGCCACAGCAGGAGCAGGCUGAUGGGCGCGCCAUCGGCGGGGAGCACGGCGGGAACGCGACUGGCCGCUGCCGCCACCAUGGUUUCGCGGGGGCGGAGACGGGCGACGAGGCGACGCAGGGCGCGGAGAGUCCGGACGAGGGGAUUCGCGACGACGCGGAGACCCCCCCCGCGGGGACCGAGGGCGCGGAGACGACGCCUGGGGUCGCGAGCCCCGUGCGACAUCAGGCCAGAGCGCAGGAGAUGGCGACGGGAGACGCGACGGCGGGCUCCGCCGCACCCCAUGAGGCCGCGACAGCGAACGCUCCCGCCCACGGGUUCGCGAGCCCGCCAUUGCCACGCACGGGAGCGGGUCGUCAAUGGUGGACUCCGCCCGCGCGCUCCACGUUGCGCCCCGACGCGAACGCUCCAGAGCGACGUCCUGCGUCGGUGCCGGUCAGAGGGCGACGCGCGACGACGCACGGGCGCGGAGGCCGCGGACAGGGCCGCCGUGGUCGAGGAGAGGACGACGCAAGCGCUACUUCGCGAGGCGGAGGAGGAACCACGGACUUCAGGCGUGUAACGCGGCGGCUGCUAAGGGAGGCUGAGGAGGGAGGAAACACGGAAAUUGUGAAUGACGAGAAUGAUCAGGGUGACCCCCUUUUUACACUCGAUGGGGAGGGGAACUUGGAGCCCUCGUCUGAGGACGAGAGCUUGGAAGAGCUGGAGCCCAGAUCUGUGAGACACCAAGUUUCCAACAUCCGAGCCGGAUCUGGAAUUCCCCCGCCACCAAGCCAACCGACUUUUUCGCCAACAGACCUGGCGAAGCGCAGGGACCUUUUCGACCAGGUUUCCACCUGGGACCUGUCCCACCUGAGUGAUAGCCGUCAACCAAGCCUGGCAAGGCACCCACCCAAAGCAAUUCGCGAAGCCUUCGCGACAUGCCUCCUGACCCCCCUCCUUGCCCUAGCCUCCAACCCUGACUCCGAACCUGCCUGGCGACUGCUGCUGUUCCUCCCGCGCCUAAUCCUCCGUGUCCCCAGCACCAAACGUCCAGAUUGGCCAGCCUGCAGCAGCCGUAUCCUAUCAUUUAACCGCGGGAACUGGCAGGAAUUGUACGAGGAAGCGGCCAAGGCUAUUCAGCUCCCAGCCCAACCCAGACACACCACUGACGAGAUUGGUUGCCUGGCCAGAGCUGAAGGCCUGGCCAAACGCGGGAACCUGAGAAAAUCCCUCCAGGCCCUCCAGGCCACUCCUGUGGCCCCCACCACACCUGACACUCUGGCUGCCCUACAAGCGCGCCACCCUCCUGCCGAACUACUCAUCCCUGACUGGGUUACCAGCCAAGCCACUGACACCCCACCACUCAUACCCCUUCGCGACUUCCGCAAAAUCAUCGCCAAAUGCCCCAACGGAGUUGGAGCUGGGCCCUCAGGCACAACCUUCGAACACCUCCGUGAUGCUGCUCUUGGGAACCCAGAUGUAUGCCAACACCUCCACGCACUCACCAACACGGCUCUCGCAGGCCAGCUGAGUCCCGAGGCAGCAUCGCUACUCACAGUCUCACGUCUGGUUGCAUUCGUCAAACCUGGAGGAGGGAUCCGCCCCAUAGCAGUUGGCGAGUGCCUUCACCGCCUUAUCGCGAAAUGUGCACUUUACCUGACCAGCGCGGCCGCUCGAGACUUCUUCACACCGCUCCAACUCGGCGUAGCAGUACCUGGGGGGACGGAAGCUGCCAUCCAUAUCAUCCGCACAUACCUGGAGGAAAAACCUACCGCGAUCGCACUCCAGAUGGACAUAGCCAAUGCCUUCAACGCCAUAGAAAGAGCAGCCGUCUUCGAAGGCCUGCAAUCCACCCCACUCGCCCCCCUGCUCCCCUUCGUUAGACUCACAUACGGCUCCGCCUCCACACUGCAAGUGGACGCGGGCUUCAACGCAGCUUCUCCAACAAGCGCGCGUGGAGUCCGCCAGGGCGACCCAAUGGGGCCGCUACUCUUUGCGGCUGGUAUCCAACGCUCACUUACCGCCACCGCCGCUGCGUUUCCGAACAUCGUCAUCAUCGCCUACGCCGACGAUAUCACAUUCCUCGGCCCCGCGUCCGCCUGCACCUCCGCCUUCAACCACCUCACGGCCGACCUCCUCCCCAUCGGCCUGGCCCACAACCCUGCAAAGUGCGCAGCCUGGUCACCUGGCCCCAUGAACGACGCCGACCUCCCCACUGGGAUCCGCUUCAACCGCGCCGGCUUGCGGGUCCUCGGCAGCCCAGUCGGAACGGCCGACGGCUGUGCCACGCAGCUGCGGGAAAAGCUCGCUACAGCAAGCUCUCCGCUGCCACUAGUGGGCCGCAUGGAUCCCCAACUCUCCUACCUCCUGCUCACCCGCUGCAUCAGCCGGAGAGCCUCCUUCCUCGCCCGCACCACACCUCUGGCCCUCCUGCCCACAGCUGAAUGGUCCGCGUGGGGUGAACGACUGCUACACACUCUGCUUGCUGCGGCGCAAAUCUCAGAGCCGCGCGCGCAGGCGGAGAAGGAACGGAUCUGGAACCAGGCCAGCCUCCCCACCACCAUAGGAGGCCUGGGACUCACCGACCCAAGCACGGAAGGCUCCUACGCCUACCUGGCGUCGGCCGUCGCAACGGCCCACCUCCUGCGCUCCCUUGGCUCCAAGCUACACCAGGAGGUGGCUGAACUUGCGCCACUGCUCGACGCGGACCCUACCAAUCCAGCCGCACUGCCGCAACGCCUGGCCGCCGCGGAAGCCAGCCUUCCCCCCUCAGCAGCGGCUGUGAUGAAGGCGCACGCCCUCAAUCUGAAAACUCACACUGCCAUGGAGGCGGAUGAGGCUGGGAUUGCGGAUGCCAUCGAACCCCUAGCUGAAGGUUACCUGUUUCAACUCCUAGAACCCCCGCUUGGACCCUUUGUGGACCAGGCGGGUGGCGAGUAG